GAGCGCGGCUGCUACAGAUCCACCCGAGAGGGCGCAGCGAGCCUCAUUGCACACUCAUUACACUUGAGGAGGUGUGCUUUUGCUUUAGUGCUGGAGCGUUUCAUUGAGCAGAUUCCCGUUCGAAUGAGGCGCGGUUCGAGCGGAAUAAGCGGCGGCGGGCUUCGAUGAGGAUGAGGAUGAAGAGCGCGACACACCUGUGAUCACGUUCAGCAUCAAUCACUGAGAUAGAGCAGAGGAAGCUGCAGCGAUCUGGACUGGGAUCAGGUCUGUGGUGGUUUACUGUGAAACCGAUCGGCUGCCGCACGCAUCAGGAACACGACGAGAAACACCAGGGUUCAGCUCCAGCAGCACUAUGACCGAUGGAGAUUACGACUAUCUGAUCAAACUCCUGGCUCUUGGGGACUCCGGAGUGGGCAAGACCACCUUCCUCUAUCGCUACACCGACAACAAGUUCAACCCCAAAUUCAUCACCACCGUGGGCAUCGAUUUCAGGGAAAAGAGAGUGGUUUAUACGACGAACAGUCCCAAUGGAACGACAGGAAAGACGUUUAAGGUUCACCUGCAGCUCUGGGACACGGCGGGACAGGAGAGGUUCAGGAGUUUGACCACGGCGUUCUUCAGGGAUGCGAUGGGUUUCCUGCUCAUGUUUGAUCUGACCAGCCAGCAGAGUUUCCUCAACGUCAGGAACUGGAUGAGUCAGCUCCAGGCUAACGCGUAUUGUGAGAAUCCAGAUAUUGUUCUUGUGGGUAAUAAAGCCGAUCUGAACGACCAGAGAGAAGUUCAGGAGAAACAAGCAAAAGAACUAGCGGACAAAUACGGAAUCCCCUACUUCGAGACGAGUGCGGCGACCGGCGCGGAGGUGGACAAGGCGGUGGUGACGCUGCUGGAUCUGGUGAUGAAGCGGAUGGAGCAGUGUGUGGACAAACCGGCGGCGGACGCGCACAACACGGACGGCACCAGCAAACUGGACGCCGCGGCGGCCAACGAGAAGAAGUGUGCGUGUUAAAGCAGCGGGACGCGGCGCUCGUGUAGCGGACAGGAGCGGACGUGCCGCCCGCCGGGCCGAUAUCAGAGCCACGGCACCGUCCGGAUCCCACACGCCCGUCCCGAAACUACCGUAUUACAGAUAUGUGUGGACGUUCGUAUUUUCCCGGAGAGUUUGUGAGAGCUGUCGUACUGCCUGUGAUCUUUAACAAACCCCUCCAAAUUUAGCCCAGAAUAUUACGUAUGAAAUUUUCAUAUAGAGAUCUUAGAUCAGCAACUCUACACACUAAAAUACUGAUGUGGCCAUCGUUUUGAUUUGGACUUUAAUUCUAAACACUGAUCGUCUAAAUGAAUGUACAUACACAAAAACAGACAUAUCUGGCUCAUCGAGAGCUGAACCACAUUCAUACACUACCAGUCAGAGGACUGGAAUAAAUAUGAUUUUUUUGUGUUUCUGAAAGAAGUCUCUUCUGCUCAGCAAAGCUGCAUUUAUUUGAUCAAAACUACUGUAAAAAAUCUGAAAUAUUAUUACUAUUCAAUCUAUAUAUAUAUACUUUCCAAUGUGAAUAUGUGUUAAACUGUAAUUUACUUCUGUGAUGCGCAGCUGAAUUUUCAGCAUCAUUACUCCAGUCUUCAGUGUCACAUGAUCCUUCAGAAAUCAUUGUAAUAUGCUGAUUUGCUGCUCAAUAAAUAUUUCUACAACUCUAAAUUUCAACAUAUUCGGGAAAGUAAAAUAAUAUAAUAAUAAAAAUUAAAAAUUAAAAUUAAAAACAACAGCAACACACCAACAA